UAGAGCCCACAACCUACUGCAUCAACAUACUUGAAAAUGACGCUGGGACGACGCUUGAUACCUUAGUUAAGCUAUGCAAACAUACCCCAGUGGGAAGCAUUUUUACCCUGUAUUCCGUCAGUGGAUCUGAAACAAAAUUCUUUGUUAAUUUCACGAAGACAAACGAGACAAGUUGUGAUAGAUUCUUUGGUCUACCUUUAACGUCGGAGUUAAUCACACCAAUCUCAUCUGAAGUAGUGAAGAAAAAUGUUUUGGAAUGUGUGCCGUAUUUAAAUGAUCCGUCAAUGUCUAAUAUAUUUAAACGAGUCAUUAUGUACAUUGUUUCCAAGAAGACAAAGGUCCAACUGGACAAUAUGAAUUUUUACGCAUAUGUUCUAAUAACUGAUGACUCAACAAACCCAGACCAAUGGACUUACGCAGCCACCGACAAGGAACAUGUAAUAAAAGUGAAAGAAAUUGACAAACUACUGAAGCAAUUACAAUGGGACACCAGAUUUGGAAAAUGCCCCGUUGAUGAGUUUUUCACCGACAAUUUAGGAACUUGCCAAGCGUGUUCCAACGCAUUGGAUGCAUUACCAGAUGAAUGCCAUUACUUUGGCGAGAAAAUCACACCAAUUGCAGGAUCAACAACGAUACAUCAAACCAUGACCAUAGAGAUCAUCCAUGAACAUACAUCUCCAACAAAAAUGACCGGAACACCAAAAUCCACUCAGGAAGAUACAUGGACAUACGUGCCAAUCAUCGUUAUCGCAAUUUUAUUAAUUGUGACAUGUCCGUUUGUUGGUCCUAAAGUAUACCCACAAAUUAAUAAAUGGUUGAACAGAGAGCAUUUAAACAGGAAUGAUGUUGAGAGACAAGUGAUGCAAGUAUCUGAUGGAAAUGGUGUUCAAGAAGUAGGCCAAAUGGACGGCGAAGGAGGGAAUCAAGAGUCCUUGGCGUUUAUUCCUGCUGGGUCGGGUACUGACAGCGGGCACAACUCAAAUCUUGAUGGCUCACUGAACGGCGAGGGUGGAACUCAAGAGACCUUGGCGUUUAUUACUGAUGGGUCGGAUAGUGACAGCGGGCACAUUUCGAGCCCUAAUGGGAGCCAGCCAAGUAUUGAACGGCAUGAGUCUGAUAGCGGAAAUGAGAGUGAGGAACAGAAUGGGACUGCGGGUAUGGCAUGGCCUGAUCGUGGCGGAGAACAUCAACUGGGACCCACUGAUUUUUCAGUAGGACAAAUGACGGUUUCAAUCUCCGACGGCCAAGAAGAGGGCAUUGAAGAUCUAAUUCGUAAAAAUAACUAUGUGUUGGAUGAUCCGAUGCAUCGUGUCCAUGACAGACCAGUGUUACCGUACCCAAGAGAAACAGAUGAGGGCACAAGCUUGAAAACAUAUUCAGUAAGUUGAGCAAUCGACAGGUUUUGGACUUUCAUUGACUGCAUAAUGUAUGAAGGACGAGAUUCCUUUGAUGAACCAGUUUCCAUCAAACGACAAUAUUUUUUUACAAGUUGUAUGCCUUUGAGUGCGUUAUAUGAAGUAGUGCAAUUGUUAACAUAUGUAAAUACGUACUAGCAUUAUAACAGUUUACUUAGUUUUAAAUAGCAUUGUUGAAAGUAUUAGGAAAACAAAUGAUAUAUACAAUAAAAAAUAUUUCAAAACAUGAACUACACAAAAUAUCGCAGAGCUUUAAAUGCAAUAAGUUUGAUUCAGUCCUUUAAUACGACCUACGCAUCUACGUCCGUCAGUCACACAAUUUAUUUUUGACUCUGAAUUUCAAUUAAACGAAAAUGCUUGUUUAAAAUGCAGUAAUCAGAAGUUAGUCACAUUUACUCAAGCAAAAAACCCGUAUACAUAAGAGAUAAAUUAAAAUAUAAAUAUUGAAGUAGAACAACGCUCUCAAAUAAUAUUUUGUGUAAACAUUUUUGUGUGAUGCUCUUUAUUGUUCAUCAAUGCCCAUCAAGCUUAGUGUAGCAUAUGCGGUGCUGAGCUUACAUAGGAUCCAUUGAUAUCUGUUUCCCACUAAAAUGUUUAAGUCAAACAACCUUAUUUAUAUUACUAUUAAAUAUUUAACUAUUUAUAAUUCACAUUGAAUGUGUUCAGGUGGGCAUCACAGCUUCUUUCUGAAACCAUGUCUUUGAUGUAACUAUACGCCUUUCAUAAUAGUGUUGUAGGACUUAUAAAUAUGAUUAUUAAUAAUGUGAUUAACAUAAAUAAAUGAAUUGCUUUAAUAAAUGACAAAUACAAAGAUUUUAAUUGUAAAGCAACUUUAAUAAGGGUUAAGUUUUCAACACUUGACGACAUUUUAAUGCUAACGGUUAAUGGUUUACAAAACUCCUGUAUAUUAACUUAGUUAUAUCAUCUUUUGUUGCAUUUCUUCUCAGUGGCGCCGCAAGAAUGUGGGUACACUGUUUUCUAUUCAGCAGUAAUGUAAAGUUGAAUCCUAAUUGGCAUCCUGAAGCAAUCAUGAAGCUCUUGACAUUCACACUAAGUUUAACGGAUAUAUAAAUACCAUUUCAUAUACUAAACCAGCAUUUAAAUUUUUUUGGGAUACAUGAAAAAUAUUGCAACACACUGUUUGGUAUUGUCUAGACUUUAUAUAUAUUACCAAUGUCUGGUUUCAUAUUAUUUACUGAAGCUGUUCAUACAAAGACAUCAUUUUUGUCAAAUGUUAGGUAUAAAGAUCAUACAGAGGUCUACUAAUUAAUGCAGUUAAUUUAUUAACAGUUUUAGUGCAUCUGGUCUAUUUGAAUUUUAAAUGUAGGUGAAACUGUACUAAAGCGAUGAUAUUGAAGUUAUUUUACAUAUCUCCCAUUAAAUUAUAUAAAAUAAAUAUUUACAAAUCAUGUUCAAACAGGAUUUUCUACUAUGAUGUUAAAUGAAUUAACAUUAAAACAUUUAAAUAAACAGAUAAACGUAUAUGUAUGUUUAUAUAAUAUAAUAUGUUUGGAAAAUAUCACACGUACAUUAUUGUAACUCUUUCAAUGACGUAUAUUAGUUUGUUAACAAAAAGCUGAACAAGUUUAUUUCGUGGACUGAACUUAACUUGUAGCCACAUGUAUACAUGUAUAACAAGAUAGUGCAAUAUAUGACAGCACAUAUUUUAAAUGGACAUUCCGUAAAAUCAUUACCUCAAACAUAUUGUCUCAAGUCUUUAGAUGUUUAUCAUUCGUCUCAAAUAGUACAGUUUCUUUUAGUCAUGUGUUCAAUUUGUAUCAUAGUUCACUUUGAAAAGACAAUCGCGAUACAAUUAUUGUGCUUAUAUACGUGCCAUAUUUUCAAGUUUAAAUUCAAUCAAUGUAAUGAAAUACUUCAACGAAUGUGAAAACUGUCAUACUUUUGGAAACAUGCACCAAAUUUAAUUAUACAAAUACUAAAAUGAUCGUAAAAAGACCACCAACAUAACUGCAUUCAUGGAGAAUAACACGACCAUUUUAAAAUUAUGAAAAUCCGAUCAAAAAACAGUUUGGCAAUAUUUUCAGUGGACUUGAAUAGAUUGGUGUACACGAUCACAAACACAACUCCAAACUGUAUUGACAUUUUUAAAGACUCACAUAGGUUUAUUUCUACAUCACUGUGACUUUCUUAAAUUCACAAACCUAUAUAUUAAGCACUUUUCGUAAUAUAUAAUCUCAUCACAAAACGUUAUAAAUAGUUACGAUUGCUCAUAAAAUGAUGUGCCUAAACAUACACUUUUUUUAUUAACACAAUUGUCGCAAAUACUUAGUUAACAAGUCUAUUAAGCUAGAAUUUUAAAAUACUCCAAGCUUCAGUGAAUGCCUAAGUUGAUUUAACUUUAUUUCACUGCUGGUAACAAAACAGUUACCAAUGAAGAAACCUGUCCAUGGUUAUUAUAUUUUUCCGUUUUACAAAAUCAAUAAUUUAUUUGCCUACAUACACAUUGUACAAUACAUGUUCAUGCCCAGAAAGUUUAAUCUCUCCUUGUUAUACUUUUCUUGACGUUUGGUUUGUAUACAGUUUAUUUAAUAUAAGGAGAACAUUUAAGAUAAACUCAACAAAUACUACAUGUGUUAUGCACAAAGUUUCCGAACAUGAUAAGUUACAUUCGCCCAAAUCAAUUUAUCAAUGUUUUCCUUAUGAUUUAAGUGUUGUGCCUUACUCAAAAGCAAUAUAUGUGUUACAUUAAUGAAACUUACUGAACAUUUGUCAAAUUAGUUUUAAUAUACAUACCCACGUAUUGUGUUACAUCUUUUUUCCAACAUAAUCAGCUUAGUGUGCCAAUCAGCGCACUGUGGAGGUUUUAAGUGUCCUGUGGGCGCAUUAUAAUUUAUUUGAUCAAUAGUUUCAUUUAACUCGGAAACAUAUUACAGCUUUAUUAUCUAUUGUCAGGUACUGAAACUGUGGACAGGUAUCUUUAGGAGACUGUGAACGUUUUAUGUCGAAGUUGAAAAUGCUUAAGUAAUGUAUACUUGAAAUGUAACGAUUAUAUCAACAUUGUGAUUAUACCUUUAAUGAAACAUAACACAUUUAUUAUGUCUCGUAAUGACUCGUAUCUAUUUAAAUAGUGCAUACUUAUAUUUUGUUUUGCAAAUAAUGUGUUUUAUCGAGUAUAAAUUUGGCAAGGUAAUUAUCUGGUUGUUUAGUGUUCACUGUCUCUAACAUUCUAUGGAGGCAAGUCAUGAAGUAAUAUAUUGGAACAUUCAUUUAAUUCGAAGGCUCUUGGAUCUAAGACAAGCAAAUGUUCAAUGACCAGUACUGAAUCAAAUAAUUAUGCAUUGAAAAAUUCUGUUAAGAAUAAUGAAUAAUGCUACAAGAUUCUUACCACACGGUUUCCCUCGUUUUUUUACUUUAUAAUCGGUUAUGUUUCAUUUAGUUAAUCAACCCUUAAUUAGAAAAAAGAUUUUUUAUUAUAACUUAAUAACUUUUUAGAUAUACAGCUUUCGGUGUUUCAUUUGAAUAAAGUUUGAGUAAAUAAUGUUUUCUUUGACAUCUUCCAAAACAGAUGAUACAUCAAGGACAUGAGGUUUCAUUCUUUAUUUCUCUGGAAAAGCUAUUAUAGUUUAAUUAACGAAACUAACGUAAUGUUAAACUAAUUGUAUUAAAUUGUGUUCCCUUCUAUGUGUAUACUAUGGCAUUUUUAAACAGUUAACAUUCGAGCGCAUUUUUAAGACAACUAAUUUAAAUAUUACUUUACACUUAGUAUUUUUUAUACAUAAUUUGUGUUCACUUUUGCUAUCAACUAGGCCUUUUUCUCAAAAUGUUCUUUCUCUUGAAACAUGUUCACCCUGUGUUUAACGUUGCCAAAGUCCAUAUUUUCAAAUAUAUGUUUUUAAUUUAUCUUUGAAUGCAUUUGAAUAAAUCAAGGAUCCGGAUUUCACAAUUACCAUAUACAAUUUGCGUUUGAAUUUUCUAGAACAUUAAAUGUGUAAAACAACACAUACAUGGACAACAAAUUAAAACCCCAUUUAUUUUGUUCUUAAUUUAAAGAAGAAUACAACCGAUAUUUGGAAAUAUUGAACUUUGCAACCUUUGACAUUCUAUUUCAUUUCAUAUAUCUACUUGUGAAAGCUAGAGAGUGAUUGUGAUUGUUGUGGUAGUAUUCGAGCUUCAUUCUGAGAAAACUGGACUAAAUGUACGUGCAUAAAGUUUCGUCCCAGUUUAGCUUGUUAAGUCCGCACAGACGAGUCCUGGAAGACACGUUUAGCCUAAAAUUGAUUUUCGCUUAGAAGAGACUUAAACAGGAAAACCUAUAAAAUCCGGAAGUGUCUUGCCUGACUCCACAUGCUUAUUUGGGACGACAUUAAAUUCAUAUGCAUGGGGCCAGGUUUUAUCAGAACGAGGCUCAUGUGAUCAUGUUUCUGUAGUAUUGGUUAGACUGUGUGGCGUGCCAUAUAUUGCUUUGUUUUAUAAAUAUAAAUUGGUAGUUUUAUAGCAACAUAAAUUAUUUGUUCUCUUUGCAUGUUAAUGUUAACUUUUAUCUUAUAUUGUUGUUCUCAUAGAUAUCAUGAAGACUCUAAUCAUAGUAUGUACAGUGAAUUGUUGUUCUUUGCCUUUUGUAUUAAUUAGAUCAAUUUUAUAGAAUGUAUUAUAUAUAUUUUCUAUAUAUAUAUAUUUUUUAAUAGAUAUUUAUAUGUCUAACUUUACCAGGAGGAAAGUUUUAUGACUUAUACGUUGAUUUUCAAAAAGCCUAUGCUGAUUUAUUCCACUAAAAACUAUUUGACAUAAUGCAAAAAUAGGUUUAAACUAUAGAAAAACUUCAUAAGUGCCUAGUCUCUAGUACUCACAUUUGCGAAGUCGGUUGCGGUUCAUAAACAACACUGUCACUAAUGAAUUUAAGUGUAACAUUGAAACAAGGCAAGGGGACUUUACUAGCAAAAUCACAUAUAAUAUAUUCAUAAAUGAUUUAUCCCUUUACCUAGGUGACCGGGGCCAUCAAGGAAUUUUCAUUACUGAAGAUAUCCAAAUAUACGAUGUAUAUUAUUUGCGGAUGAUGUUGCGAGUUGCUCUGAAACCGCUAUUGAACUACAGCGUCAAUUGAAUAGUAUUGUUGAUUUGUUUUCCAAAUAAGUUGCAUGAUCGUAAAUGAAAAGAAAACCGAAACAAUUGUAAUCAGUAAUGAUUUUGGUUAAACCUGGGGUUAUCAGGACGUUGAUGAUGUUGAUGUAUUUUAACAACUUUUUAAAGAUCGCCUCAUUUGUUGUAACACGCAAAAAAUGGUCAAGGAGUUUAUUCGACUCGUCUAGAUGUGAAACAUACAGAAUGUAUAAAUCACUGCUUGUACCAGAAAAAUAUCUUAUAAUACCAGUCUAUAAUAGAAAGGCACUUGCACAGUUUAGAUGUUCGAACCACACGUUUAAAAUUGAAACUGGACGACAUCUUGGUUAAGAACAUGAUCUUCGAUAUUGAACUUAUUGUCUAAAUAUAGAAAACACUUGUGUCAUUUAAAACAAACUUAAUGAAUGUUUUUAUUGUUCUAGAUUUCACUUAGAACAUAACAUGCAGCUUUUUCUUGGUAAAGUGGAAAUAUAAAUGAAAUCGAUUUUAUUAAGCUGAUACAAACGACUAAUAAGCUAAAAUAGAAGAAAAUGCAUUAUUUAUUUAGUUUUUAAUACGAAAUGCAUCAGUAUAAAAUUAAGAACAACUCAUACAUGUAUAACGUGACAUGCCUGUAUAAUGUUUAUUGUAUUUUUUGCCGGUGGCCUUCAAUUACAAAAUAAAUUUUCUUUUCUUUCUAGUCACUUGUAUGUUUUUGUAUGAGAAAUGUCAUGUAUAAUGCACAUUAUUAAAUAGUUUUCUGUCUGUCGAAAAUGUCUCAAUACAACUAUUUAAUAAAUCAUGUCAUACAUUCUUAAUAAAUUUAGUAAUUUAUAUAAAAUAUGCUCAUACAAAUGCAAACACUUUCAAAGAAACUCAUAAUUGUCAAACUUGCUCUAAAUCGUACAAAACAGUUUUUUUGUAGCAAUAAGCGUUUGCAAUACUAUGAUUGGUGCAAUAGAAAACCUAUUUCCUUGCCCACUUCUUGUUAUAAUAUUUUUUCUGUUUAUUGAUUUCAUGUUUUAAGUGUUGUGCUUUGUCUCAUAACACUAGUUGAUGUGUAUUACAAUGUCUCUACUAUGUUUCUAUAAAAAUGUUGUUAUGUACAUACCUAAGUACCACAAUAUACCAAAAAUAGACAAAUGUGCUGUGGCAUCCUUAUGAUAUUAAUUAAUGUUUGAAUAGUCUUUUUGCUUUAUGUGACAUUGAUGAUUCGUCUGUGUGUAAAUCAGGAGUACUUUGUACAGCAAAAAUGCUAGGUUGACCAACAUACCAACGUCAUGUCACACAAUAAACAUAAUGUAUAAUUUAUUUUAGUUUUUAUAGGUACGUCUUAAACUUAAAGACAUUUUGAUCGUAAACGCAUCGUUAACGCACUUGCUCAAGUAGCAUCUUUUGUUUAACAAUUAGUAUAUGAAAAAUUCCUUCAUAUAUGCAACAACAUGCAUAUCACAUAAAACAUGUUCAAAGAAUUUGUGAUUAUUUCUAAAAACGUUUACACUACAGGAUGUAAGAAAUGGAUUUUUGUUCAAAUAACUGUGAUUGCUAUUAAGUUGUCUUUCAAUAUUUGUUCCUUCGUUUACAGUAUAUAUUAAAGAUUUGCUUUUUAAACUUGUUUUAAAGUUUCGAAUGGUUCAGAUGGCCAGUUUGUGUACAGACGUUUGUUUUUACAUAUAACAAAUAAUGUUUCCAUUGUUAUCAUAUGUCGCAUAGAAAAUUACUUGUUUUUAUAUACCCAACAAAUGAUGAGCUCAAACUUUAAAGCUCAAAUGAGUUUUUGGUUACAAUCUUUACUGUUUACGUAAAAUGUUUGGUCCAUAACUAAGCUUGAUUUUGUGUGACAAAAUGAAGAUACUUGAUAAUUUUAAUAAUGGAAAAGAUAGUUUAAAUUACACUCAAAGUCGUAUUUUAGGCAAAAGAUGAAGUCAUAUUUGCCUACAGUAGUUAUAACAUGCUGUUCUUUUUAAACCUCAUCUGAUAUAGUAUAAUACUGAACGUUCGUAUGACCUUCGUUAACAUAACAUUUUAACAUUUUUAUAUUUAUUAAAACAUUUUUUGUGGUUGAUAUUCAACCUAGAAGAUGUAAAAAUAUGUUUCGUCAUAUAAUGACUGUAAGUUAUAAACAUAUUAUACCAAAAAAGAUUUAGAUAGUAAAGUAUUGUUCAUUCGUUUAAAAUGUAGCUCUGUUCAUAAUGCAGUGUAAUAUGUAUAUAAAUGUAAAAAGGC